AUGCAUGUGGAUGAUGCUGUACAGAUGCUGGUGGAGUUAUUAAUGGUCACUACAGAGGUUGCCAAGGCUGAGACAGGGCAGUGUCAUGGACCGUACGUACGCAUGCAAUGGGUAGGUGAUAUCUAUGAGUAUCGAUACCAGGCAGGACAUUGGACAACUACAGCUCACGCGUUUCUUCUUCAUCUUCUGGACUGGGAGGUACGCCUUGGGAGUAGUUGUGCUGGGCAUAUGUACGACCACCUGAAUGAUGCUUCUAUCAGCACCAGCCGACAGCUUGGUGGUUACAUCACGCUAUUGCAGUGCUGGAUAUACAAGCACUUUCCCUUAGUGGCGGAGUCCACUGCUGAUCCGAACUACGGUGAGGAUUCACCACGUGCCUAUAAGUGGAUUGCUACGAAGAAGACCGUGAAGAGCAUACUGUGCAACGACUACAGGGACUGGUUCUUCCACAUUUCGCAUCCAUUCAUGACACCAGGCCAGCCAUCAGAUCCUCAGGCAGAUGGUCAUGCUACACAGCCCAGAGUUGCCCCUCAAGAUCCAGACACAGAUGUCCAUCCGGUCACGGAGCCAGCAGCACUAUCAACAUCGGUUUCGACAUCUGCAAUCGAUGUCGACGAGCCGAGACAUGCAGUGGAAGCUUGCUAUGCGAUUGUAGAGAGGUUGGAGUGCCAUUUCAACCUAGGGGUGAUCACACCAGGCACAUUGACACAUGAGGUGAUCGAAGAAUGUCUCAGGAUUGCCAGGAGUGUCACACAAGAUCAGCUAGUAUAUGUUAGGUCUCGACGCAGGCGGCGCACGGAUCAGUCGUAG